CUGAAGCUCAAGGGGCUUAAGAGCUAGCCAUCAAACAAUGAAGCAAUCCUGCCUGGUUAUUGCAGUGCUCCUGGGUGUCCUGGGAUUUAUCAACGUCGAAGCACGUCGGAACGUUGUGAUCGUUCGUGCUGAUACGUUCCGCCUAGCAGAGACGGCAAACUUGUGGGUAUUUAAGAAAAUAUAUUUAUUAAUUUUUACUGAUGAAACGUUGGCGAAAAAGAUAUUGGGGUGCAAGUCCAGCGCAGCACGCGAGACAAUUGGUGCAUGACAAUUUGUGGGCGACAUUGUCGACGAUCUCGGUGCAAUUUGGCGGCGUCCCUUACGGCAAUACUGUCUCCUACAGCGACGGUGUGGGAUUCUCGAAGGAAGACUCGACGGGCAGGUUGUUCCUCUACCUCACGCCGAUGGAUGCUUCAGGCUCCGACCUGAGCGUCAAUUCGACUGCAUCAGUGGCGAUUUCGAUGGCGCAGGAGGGCGAGCACGCGUGUAAGAUGGACGUAGAAGACCCAACGUGCUGGAAGAUCACGCUGACAGGCAAGGUUGUGCCGGUGCCUGCUGAUCAACGCCACUACGCCGAGAAAGUGUUGUUUUCCAAACACCCGCAGAUGGAACACUGGCCGGAGAAUCACGGAUUCCUGCCGUACGUCUUGGACAUUGAGAACAUCAUCUUGCUCGACUUUUACGGCGGUGCCAAGCACGUUCCGGUGAGGGAAUACUACCAGGUCAAGCUGUGAGCAGAGAGGAAACGUUUGCUUUUGCUAUUUUGAGUUGUCACUGGAGAGGAAUAGUGUGUUGCUGAUGUUGGGAGAUCGCCUCUUUGACCUGCAUAAACGAAACCAAUUAUAAAAA